UCCUGCCUUAAUAGACUUAAUAGACGAAGAAGAAGCUGUUGUUUGUCUGGAGAGCUGAGCUUUCUGACACAACUACUCGUUUAUGCGUUAAAGGUAUACCACAGUAUUGCAAUUAGACUAGAUCAGGUUAACAUUAAACCCUCGGCAUUGUGUCUGUAUUUACGGCUUUAAAUCCCGUUCUGCUUUAAAGCCCACGGAUGGGAAUUCCAGACCUUUUGAGUGACUCGGAUCAUUUGGCUCAGCUCACCAAUAAGUGUCGACUCUUUUGGCUCAUUGCCUGUUUCUAACCCUGUGUUACACCACUAAGUGAAGGGUGUUGGUUGUGGGCGUGGCCUGUCCAGUGUUUGUGGUGUUGUCAGUUCCAUAGAGAAAGGCUUCUUAUAAUGAAAUCAGCAGAAGCCAGUCCAUCCUGUGAGACUCCUGCUGUUACACCUUCACAGCUGUGCAAGGCUGUACAGACAAAAACAUCUGUGACUUCAGCUGGAGGGUCAUUAAGCUCUGUGGGUCACUUCAGCCCUGAGGACCAACUGAAUGGAGGAUUUCAAAAGAAGGCUAUAAAAGAAGAACCUGAAGAUGAUAACUACCACUCUGGCAAGACAUCAAGCUGUGUGGGAUGUGUCACCUCUGUGGACCAACAGAAUGAAGGAUUUCAUAUAAAGCUUGUAAAAGAUGAACCUGAAGAUGGAGAUUACUUGCGUGGAGAGACAUCAAGCUGUGUGGUUCACCUGACCAUUGUGGACCAAAAGAUGGAAGGAUUCCAAGAACAACCUUUAAAAGAAGAAGAAACUACUGAAGAUGACUGUCUCUACUGUGAGUAUUGUAGUUCUUUCUUCAUCAACAAGUGUGAAAUACACGGUCCAGCUCUCUUCCUCCCUGAUACCCCUGUUCCAAUGGGGGUUUCAGAUCGAGCCAGACAAACCCUUCCCCCUGGUCUAGAGGUUCAGAAAUCUGGUAUUCCUGAUGCAGGCCUGGGAGUGUUUAAUAAGGGGGAUACUGUUCCACUUGGUGCCCACUUUGGGCCUUACCAGGGAGACCUGGUAGACAGAGAAGAAGCCAUGGCGAGUAGCUACUCUUGGGUGAUUUCCAAGAGCAGGCAUUUUGAGAAAUAUAUAGAUGGUAAGAGAGUGACCCAUGCGAAUUGGAUGAGAUAUGUUAAUUGUGCUCAUAAUAAUGAUGAGACUAAUCUGAUGGCAUUCCAGUAUCAAGGGGAGAUUUUCUACCGUUGUUGUCGACCCAUCAAACCAAGGCAGGAGCUUUUGGUGUGGUAUGAAGAGAAGUACGCUAAGGAUCUUGGUGUCACUUUCAACUCCAUCUGGGACAAAAAGUGCUCCGUAAGAGGUUUCCAGUGCCUGAGGAUGCAAAGCAGCCCCAGAGCAUCACCGAGCCACCACCAUGCUCGACUGUGGACAGAGUGUUCUUUCUUCAUUGUUCUUCCUCCAGAAACGAGCGGUUGUCCAUUGAAAGGUUUCUCUUGCUCAUUGUGUUCACUUUUCUAUACGUCACAAAUUGACCUUCACGAACAUAUUAAGAGAUGCCACAAUGAGGAAAAUACGAGCAUGCUGAAAUCAGAAGAAAUUACACAUGAAACUCCAAAAACCACAAGAAUCUCUGCAUGUAAGCAAACACGCAAUGGUCCUCGCAUUGUUAAGACUUCUCACAGACUGAAAGAAACUUACUACUGCUCACAGUGUGGGAAACGUUUUGCUGGACGGUUUCAUCUGAAACAACACCAGCGCAUUCACACAGGAGAAAAACCGUUUCACUGCUCACAGUGUGGGAAGCGUUUCGCUCGACAGAGUCAUCUUCAAGCACAUCAAACCAUUCACACAGGAGACAAACUGUAUCCAUGCUCACAGUGUGGGAAACGUUUUAAUCGAAAGAGUACUCUCCAACAGCACAGACGCAUCCACACAGGAGAGAAGCCGUAUCACUGUUCAGACUGUGGGAAAAGGUUCACUUACCAGAAUGCACUCCAACGCCACCAGCGUGUUCAUACUGGAGAAAAGCCCUAUACCUGCUCAGAGUGUGGGAAGAGGUUUACUUACCGGAAUGCACUCCAACGGCAUCAGCGCGUUCAUACUGGAGAAAAACCAUACAUCUGCUCAGAGUGUGGGAAGAGUUUUAGCCAAUCAAAUUCUCUCCAAAUCCAUCAGCUCAUUCACACAGGAGAGAAGCCAUAUCCCUGCUCACAGUGUGGGAAGGUUUUUCUUCAACAGAAUACUCUGCAAAUACACCAGCGCAUCCACACAGGAGAGAAGCCAUUUCACUGUGGACAGUGUGGGAAGAGUUUUAAUCAAGAAAAUACUCUCCAGCGGCACCAGCGCACUCAUACAGGAGAGAGGCCAUACUACUGCUCACAGUGUGGGAAGACUUUUGCUCGACAGUGUAAUCUCAAACGGCAUGAACACAUUCACACUGGAGAGAAGCCGUAUCAGUGCUCACAGUGUGGAAAACAUUUUAAUAGAGAGAGUACUCUCCAACGGCACCAGCACACUCACACUGGACAGAAGCCUUACUACUGCUCACAGUGUGGGAAACGUUUUGCUGGACGGUUUCAUCUGAAACAACACCAGCGCAUUCACACAGGAGAAAAACCGUUUCACUGCACACAGUGUGGGAAGCGUUUCGCUCGACAGAGUCAUCUUCAAGCACAUCAAACCAUUCACACAGGAGACAAACUGUAUCCAUGCUCACAGUGUGGGAAACGUUUUAAUCGAGAGAGUACUCUCCAACGGCACAGACGCAUCCACACAGGAGAGAAGCCGUAUCACUGUUCAGACUGUGGGAAAAGGUUCACUUACCAGAAUGCACUCCAACGCCACCAGCGUGUUCAUACUGGAGAAAAGCCCUAUACCUGCUCAGAGUGUGGGAAGAGGUUUACUUACCGGAAUGCACUCCAACGGCAUCAGCGCGUUCAUACUGGAGAAAAACCAUACAUCUGCUCAGAGUGUGGGAAGAGUUUUAGCCAAUCAAAUUCUCUCCAAAUCCAUCAGCUCAUUCACACAGGAGAGAAGCCAUAUCCCUGCUCACAGUGUGGGAAGGUUUUUCUUCAACAGAAUACUCUGCAAAUACACCAGCGCAUCCACACAGGAGAGAAGCCAUUUCACUGUGGACAGUGUGGGAAGAGUUUUAAUCAAGAAAAUACUCUCCAGCGGCACCAGCGCACUCAUACAGGAGAGAGGCCAUACUACUGCUCACAGUGUGGGAAGACUUUUGCUCGACAGUGUAAUCUCAAACGGCAUGAACACAUUCACACUGGAGAGAAGCCGUAUCAGUGCUCACAGUGUGGAAAACAUUUUAAUAGAGAGAGUACUCUCCAACGGCACCAGCACACUCACACUGGACAGAAGCUGUGUAUCUGCUCACAGUGUGGCAAGAGUUUUACACGACAGAGUAAUCUCAAAAUACAUCAGCAAAUUCACACUGAAGAGAAGCAGUAGCACUGCUCACAGUGUGGGAAGAGUUUCAUUCAAUGAAGUCACCCCAACGUCACCAGUGUGUUCACCCAUGGAAAAAAAAAAAAACGUAGUGUUGCUAUUUCAAAUACCUUACUCAAAUACAAGUUAAGACACUAUAAAGAGCUGUCAGCUUGUGGUUCAAAAACAAAAGAACUUUAUUUUGUGCGUGUGUUACAAUAAUUUGCAUUCAUUCUCAGCAAGUGUGGAUUACUGAAUAGAAAACUAAUUUCAUGAUUAGUCUUGUUAUCAUUUUUUCUCUUGUAUAUUAAACAUGAAAUUGUAAUUAAAGGCAAAUAGUAAGACA